AUGAUAAAAUUAUAUAUAGAUUGGAUUUCACAGCCAUCUAGAGCUGUUAAGGCAGUCUUAGAUAUCCUCAAAGUUCCUCAUGAAGUUAAGGCUUUAAAGAUUUAAUUUGAUGAGCAUAAGUCACCUGAAUUCACAGCAAUACAUCCAUUAUAAUAAUUGCCUGUUUUACAAGAUGGAGAUUUUACUGUUGCUGAAAGCCACAAUAUAAUGAAAUACAUUAUCAAAUAGAGAAAUAUAUCUACUAACUUAUACCCACUUUCAGACAUCAGAUAAUAAACUAGAAUAGAUUAAUAUCUCGACUAUCAUCAUACAAAUACAAGAAAAUGUUUACACUUGUACCACUCAGUGCUUAUAUCGCCAUUAAAGGGGGAGAAGGUUAUUCCUGAAGUACUGGAAAAGGAAAAACAAGAUGUGGCAAAAGUGUUUUCUUAUUUUGAAAACAAUUGGCUGAAAGGUAGGAAUUACAUUUGUGGUGAUUAAGUGACUCUAGCUGAUAUAAGUGCUUGUAGCGAAAUGCUGUAAUUAGACAUGAUUAAAUUUGAUUUCUAAAAAUAUCCAAUUACAAAUGCUUGGCUUAAUAGAGUAAUAAGGAUUCCAGAGGUUUAUCAAGCUCACAAUGUUGCUUUCAAGGUUAUCAAAAAAUAGAAUCCGAGUUCUUAAUUCUUGAAAUGAAUUAAAAUACAUAUAUAUAUAUAUAGAAUAUCAAGUUUGUAUUAAUA